GAGAAGAUGAUGACCAAGAAGAAUAAAUAGUAUGACCAGAACCUAGUAAAUAACAUGACAAGCCAGAACUUCAGCAGAUCAGACUCCGAUAACUCUUUUUAUGUUUGCCUGCUCCCCGAUGUUCUUUUUGCCGAUGUCCCCAUCCAUGCCUCCAGAAACAAGACAAAAAGAAAACAAAACAAAACAGAUCCUUUUCGUACCCCUCCAAAAAAACCCCAUUGCUGUGAACUCGAAAUUCGCAUGCUUGGCCAAAUCACAUCCAGACCCGAACGAUGACAGAUUAACACCGGAACCCCCCUAGAUGAGCGGGAAAACAAGACCCCGAGACAUA